AUGUUCUUGGUCAAGCUGUUUCUGUUUGUUGCUGGGCUCAGCUCUUUGCCCUCAGUCUUAGCCAGACCCGGCAAUUUCCGCCGCGAUGAUGUGCCCAAGUUUCCAUAUGAUUCUAACACCACACCGUACUGUACGUGGUGGGUGGACAAUGAUGGGUCCACUGCCUGUCAGGAUAUCCCUGCUUUCUGGGCUAUCUCGUUUGACGACUUCAGGCGAUGGAAUCCGUCAAUUACUGCCUCCUGUGGGGGCUUUGAGGUCGGCAAGUCGUACUGCGUAGAGGCGUAUGGGGAACCUGCGCCCACGACUACUACCAACGCUAUCACGACCACAACUCCAACUCCAACUACUACAAGCAUAACAUCUGCUACAGUAACAGUCACGACCAUCACUACAGACAGCACCCCGACUGAAACCUCCAUUGGCAACGACAUCGCAACGCCGACUCCCACUCAGCCGGGCAUGGUCUCCAACUGCAAUAAAUUCUACAAAGUCACAGAUGAUGAUGGGUGUGAAUCCAUCGCUCUGGCCAAUGGCAUUACUCUGUCAGACUUCUACAUUUGGAAUACCCAGGUUGGCACGGACUGUUCAAGUCUCUGGACGGAUUACUACGUUUGUAUCGCUGUGAUUGGAACCACAACCACCGUAACAACAGCCCCUAUAACGACAACACCUACAUCCACAAACGGCAUUUCGACUCCAACCCCUAUUCAGCCUGGUAUGAUCUCAAACUGCGACGCAUUCUACUACGUGGAAUCCGACGAUGUGACAUGCGCACAGAUCGCACAUGACAACGAUAUUAGUCUAUCGCAGUUCUAUACCUGGAAUCCCACCGUUGGAACUGACUGCAGCAGUCUCUGGACUGAUUACUAUGUCUGUAUAUCUGUUAUUGGAGUUUCGCCCACCACAACUUCAACGAUGACGACCACGACCACGACAACAUCUACAGGCAAUGGAGUCGCAACUCCAACGCCGAUUGAACCUGGAAUGACAACUUCUUGCAAAACAUUCCAUAAAGUGGUUGCAGGAGAUGAAUGUGGCGUGAUUGCUACUAAUGCUGGUAUUACGUUGGCAAAUUUCAUCAAAUGGAAUCCGCAGGUCGGAAGCGAUUGCUCCGAUCUUUGGUUGGAUUACUAUGUGUGUACUGGUGUGCUGUGA